UAAUAGGUUUAGUAAACCAUUUCAUUAACGUUUGAAACAAAAUGAGGACUUCAGCGCUGGCUUUGCUCUCAAUAAUUGGUGUCCUGUUGAAAGUGAAUGCAUUAAAGGAGUGCCCUCUGAACGAAAUAUACGGUUGUAAGCAUUGUUUCGAGCCAUCCUGCCAUCAUCUUUUGUUCAAUGACGAGCCUUGUGACAUGACUUGUGUAAUGGGCUGUCGCUGUAAGUUUGGAUUUGUUCGAAAUAAUGGAGACUGUGUAACGAUGGAUAAGUGCGACUUUGGCGAUUAGUUGAUAGAAGUAGUCUCUUAUUAGAAAUUCUAAAUCUAAAACUAGCACACCCCUAUUUCUUGGAGAGGCUCGACCUCAAAGAACGAUGAAUAAACAGAAAUCGAUAUUUCCUUCCUGAUUUAA